GGAAAUACCCGCAUCAGAAAGCUGCACCACACGCGGGCAAAAUCGCCUUGGAGAGGCAACUGCUGCCAUGAUUAGCGAGUUUCCCCAGCUAGCCUGUAGGUGGGUGUGUUUAACAGAAGGAAGCAAUGGGAGCUCGCCUGUCAGCCAGCCUUUCGAGCUAAUUAGCUCAGCAUACAACAAAGAUAAGUGAGCCUGAGAGGAGGCCCCCCGAGGGGUCUUUAGAUUCUGGGAAAUGUCUGAUUGGCAGAUGUUAAAAGAGAUUCUUUGGUAAUCCAGUGCAUCAAUGAGCUGCACAAAUUCAGUCCAGCACUGCAAGAAUUCAGGCAUGAGGACACUGUGCAGGAGGCUCACACAGGCAGACCCGAGAUGGACAGAACCUUGGAAUCUCUGAGACACAUCAUUGCCCAAGCCUUGCCUCACAGAGACCCGGCGCUGGUCUUCAAAGACUUGAAUGUCGUGUCAAUGCUGCAGGAGUUCUGGGAGGGCAAGCAGCAGCAGAGGGCCGCGCUCCCCAGCGAGGGCGUGGUGGUCUACGAGUCGCUGCCGGGCUCCGCGCCGCCCUUCGUCAGUUACGUCACCCUGCCGGGAGGGAGCUGCUUCGGUAACUUCCGGUGCUGCUUAAGUAGAGCCGAGGCCAGGAGGGAUGCAGCGAAAGUGGCCCUAAUCAACUCUCUCUUCAAUGAGCUGCCCUCCCGCAGGAUCACCAAAGAGUUCAUUAUGGAGAGCGUGCAGGAAGCCGUAGCCUCCACCAGCGGCACUUUAGAUGAUGCAGAUAACCCCAGCACAAGCAUCGGGGCCUAUCACUACAUGCUGGAAUCGAACAUGGGGAAGACAAUGCUGGAGUUUCAGAUUCCUGCCCUGCUCAGCCCUUAUAUACAUCGUGCCUCGAGACCCAUGAUGAGUGUUUGGGUUUCACAGGAGCUGAUGACCAUUUUCCAACUACUGCACUGGAACGGAAAUCUAAAAGCCCUUCGUGAAACAAAGUGUUCUCGGCAGGAAGUCAUCUCGUAUUAUUCCCAGUAUUCCUUAGAUGAAAAGAUGCGUAGCCACAUGGCUCUGGACUGGAUCAUGAAGGAACGGGAGUCACCUGGAAUUCUUUCUCAAGAGCUACGUCUGGCCCUGAGGCAGCUGGAGGAAGCCAGGAAGGCUGGACAAGAACUACGGUUUUACAAAGAAAAGAAAGAAAUCCUGAGCCUGGCCCUGUCUCAGAUCUAUGACCCUGACCCUUCCUCACCCAGUGAUGACCAGCUGAGCCUCACCGCCCUGUGUGGCUACCAUUAACGAGGCCAGGUCCCAGGUGCCCCCAAGGACUGUCAUCUUAGGAAGCUCUGACAGAAGUCUCCAGAGAUUUUAGCAUGGGGAGCUACUUCCUGAAGGCGGUACUGAUUGACAGAACGAGACAGCAAUAGGAGCUCUUACAGACCCCAGCAUCUCACUCCACGUGCUUCCCCCCCAGCCCCCCCAUCAAACUCGCAAUAGUUCCACUUCAGGAUGAAGACAGAAUUAUUUGAAAAAUAUUUUUCAGGACUGGAUUCAAGCUAAAGCCUAGCUGUCAUGUGCCUUGCUAUGUUAUAUACGGUGUUUCAAAGAAUGGGCCAGUAUAGCAGCCCUCCCCCCAAAAUAAGCAGCAAUCAGAACUAGGGGGAAAUAGUAUGAUAGCAAAGUUUUAAAUUCUUAGGAUUAAAUAAAUAAUCACUUAAAAAUA